AUGGAUAAACCCAGAGUCCGACCUCACCCCGCCCAGGACGACAAGACGACCGCCUGCUAUGUUCACUCCCUCAUCGCGAGCGAAUGGACCACACCCCCUCACAAUCUCAAGGACACCGAAGAGGUGAUCCGCACAUUAAAAGACGACGAGAAUGAACCACCCACAUCCGACCCAGCCGCGGCACACCCAGACGACCUGGUCUCCGUGGUGGAUGGCGACAACAAAGGCACCCGCAAGCCGACCCCCACCAUCAUUCAAUCCCGACACCUGACCAAGAGACAACUGUCCGACAUGGCCUGGAACGUGCGGAAACUCUCCAAGAAGCUUGGGAGCAUCAAACUCAAGCUCACAGUUAAGAACGUCUUCGUGGUCUGCAAGGCGCAGGACGAAUCACUCGUCAGCCUCACGCGCAAGGUAACGAGGUGGCUCCUCUCCAAGGACCGCGACUCCCAGUACGUGGUAUACGUGGAGCGGCGACUCGAGACCCAUCCGGACUUUGGGGCGAUUCAAUUAGUCCAAGACGAGCCCUCCGCCGAAGGCCGGCUGAAGUACUGGGACCCCAAACUUGCGCAGCAGCAGCCUCACCUCUUCGACUUUGUCAUCACGCUGGGCGGCGACGGCACAGUUCUAUAUACCAGCUGGCUCUUCCAGAGGAUUGUGCCACCCGUUCUGUCUUUCGCUCUAGGCUCAUUGGGCUUCUUGACGAACUUCGAUUUCGCGGACUAUCAAAAAUCGCUGGAGAAUGCGCUGCGGGACGGUGUGGUCGUCAGUCUUCGGUUACGAUUUGAAUGCACGAUAAUGAGAAGCAAGGCGCGUUCGAAAGAUCCCGAUCCGAGAACGUUGGCCGAUCGCGACCUGGUAGAGGAACUCAUUGGAGAGGAAGGAGAGGAUACAUUGACGCAUACACCAGACCGGGUGUACGAGAUAUUGAACGAUGUUGUGCUUGACCGAGGGCCCAACCCAACGAUGUCCCAAAUUGAGCUCUUCGGAGAUGACGAGCAUUUCACUACGCUGCUGGCCGAUGGAAUCUGUAUCGCGACUCCAACUGGCUCCACGGCUUACAACCUCGCGGCAGGCGGAUCGCUUUCACAUCCGGAGAACCCUGUCAUCCUCGUUACUGCUAUAUGUGCCCAUACACUCUCAUUCCGGCCGAUUAUUCUACCCGACACCAUCGUUCUGCGGAUGGGUGUGCCAUAUGAUGCACGCACUAGCUCCUGGGCUAGCUUUGAUGGCCGCGAGAGGUAUGUUCAUAUAUGUUUCCACCUUUACACUCCCAUUAACCGUUAUUCCAGGGUUGAGUUACAUCCCGGCGACUAUGUGACUGUGUCGGCAUCCCGGUAUCCCUUUGCCAAUGUCUUGCCCCCUGGGGGGCAAGGGGAGGGGUGGGUGCACAGCAUCUCCAAGACAUUAAAUUGGAAUUCGCGACAGAAGCAAAAGAGCUUCAAGUAG